GUGCACAUUUUGGUUGAUAGGUGUACUCGGCGAAUGGCGACUGAUGCAGAGCGCACUGCGCAUGCGCGACUCAGCCACUGUUUGAGGCGGAAGACUGCGGAGUGUUUCUCCACUUACUGCGAACCACGAGAAAAACUCAAGAAAAGUGCAGGAAAACCAGCAGAACGUCUCAAAAGAAGCAUAUAUUUCUCUGAAGGAUCGGGUCAGAUCAGAAGCAUGUCAGGGUUUCUGGACGGGAUCAGAUGUGGCGAUUGUGAGUGUAAUGUGGACUGGGGUGAGAAGAGAAACACCCUCGCCUCCAUCGCAGCUGGAGUUCUGUUUUUCACAGGCUGGUGGAUCAUCAUCGAUGCGGCAAUAAUGUACCCUAAAGAGGAACAGUUCCACCACGCAUUUCAUACCUGUGGGGUUAUAGCGACUAUAGCCUUCCUCAUGAUCAAUGCGGUGUCAAAUGGCCAGGUGAGGGGCGACAGCUACAGCGAUGGCUGCUUGGGACAGACAGGUGCCAGAGUUUGGCUCUUCAUCGGGUUCAUGUUGGCGUUCGGGUCUCUCAUCGCCUCUAUGUGGAUUCUGUUCGGUGGUUUUGUUGUGACUGACAAAAAGGAUCUGUCCGUGUAUCCUGGUAUUGCAGUUUUCUUCCAAAAUGCAUUCAUCUUCUUUGGUGGUCUGGUGUUCAAGUUUGGCCGAACUGAGGACCUCUGGCAGUAAAGAUCCAUUUCCUUCAAUCAAAUCCCACAGUCCAUCAACACACAAUUCCUCUGUACUUAUUGCUGCUUAUUUGCACUCUACAUUUCUUUCUCAUUUCUUUUCCAACUCCUCGGCUGACUUCAGUUUUUAAAUAUGUUCCUUCUUCCUUUCUUUGUCUUGUUUCCUGUGUGGCCACAGUGGGCGCCCACAGCGAGAGAAAUGCGAAUCAAAUCCAGACUCUGCAGUCAAAAUGGACACAUUUAGACCUCAUCCUGUGUGUAUAAUAAAAAUGACUUGUAUACAAUGGAAUUACAAUGACAAGAUUGCAUAAUAGUGACUUUCAGAUUGGAAGUGCACAACCAAUAUCUUCAGCCUUCAGAAAAGCAUUAUUGAAAUGUUUGUUUUUGUUUGUUGAAAUCUUUAAUAACCAAAAUGAGUAUGACUGGCUUUCAGUCCUUCAGCUUCACUGUGUUUCUACAUUCAA